GGGUGGGGAAGUAAGGGAGGAAGGAAGGAAGGAAGAACGAACGCCUCCGCUGUUUCGGAGCGCUCGCCAGCCGAGCAGGAGCUUGGAAUCGCGGCCGCAUCGUCUCCGGAGGAGGGCCGCCUUGAAACCGACCAGCACGAUCCAUGUUAGUUUGGUCGCUUCGCUUUGAAACUGACGAGAGGUUUCCAUGUUGUGAGCGAGCUCCCGAACCGCGCUUUUCCCCUCUCGUCCCCCCUCCCCUCCUCUCCUCUCCUCUCCUCACUCCUGAUUUAAUCACAUAUAUGUACCUGGAGGAGGGUGGGAGGGGGGAUUUUUUUUUACCCAAAAGAAAAGAUCUAGCUCAUGGACAGCCCGUCCAUAAUCACCCAAGUCAGCAAAGAGGAGGCGAACAGCCCGCUGCGAGAGAAAGGCCCCCUGCCUGUCUCCGGCAAGAAGUCGCACCGACACGGCCUCCUACGCGCCCUCUUCUGCUGCAUCUCCAAGACUGAGGACGAUGGCGGCCAGACCCUGGGCGGCAGUGAUAACAACACUCCUCUGUUGGUCGACGGCAAGAACAACAGCAGUAAGUCUGCGGCGAAACAUCUCCUCCCCGAGGUGAAAGUUCAGGACAGUGGGAAGAAGUGCGUGGUGAUCGACUUGGAUGAAACGUUAGUUCACAGCUCGUUCAAGCCGGUGAACAAUGCGGACUUCAUUAUCCCGGUGGAGAUUGAUGGAACCACGCAUCAGGUCUACGUGUUGAAACGGCCUCAUGUGGAUGAGUUUCUGAGGCGAAUGGGUGAACUCUUUGAGUGUGUCCUGUUCACAGCGAGUUUGUCCAAGUACGCGGACCCCGUGGCUGACCUGCUGGACAAGUGGGGCGCCUUCCGCUGUCGCCUCUUCCGGGAGUCCUGCGUCUUCCACCGAGGCAACUACGUCAAGGACCUCAGCCGGCUGGGGCGCGACAUCAACAAGCUGAUCAUCGUCGACAACUCGCCAGCAUCGUACAUCUUCCACCCGAAUAAUGCGGUUCCCAUUGCUUCCUGGUUCGAUGACAUGUCUGACACGGAACUUUUGGAUCUCAUCCCAUUCUUUGAGAGGCUAUCGAAAGAGGAGGACAUCUAUGCAUUGCUACAAGAACACAAAUCGAGCUAGCGCUGAGCCAAGCAGAGGCCGAGGGGUGGCAGGGCUGGACCCGCCCUCGAUUACCUCCUCACCCUCCAUACCACCUUCCUCGAGGUGUGUCCACCCCUCGUUCCACACACCAGCCCACUGCCUCUUCUACUUGGGGAAGGAGUGGCAGUUUUCUAAUGACUGCACUUCCCAAUGGGAGUAAACCGGGCACAAUGGACUAUCAAACCCUCGCAGCACUUAAUUAGGGUAUCAAAUGCCUGCCUCAGCCUUGGAGAAGAUCCAUGUUUCUGCUGAAUUUGGGGGUUAAAGGAGGGGAACGGUUUCUGAAACUGUUGAAGGGACUCUUUCCUUGCUUUGAACUCCACCCCCAAGUUGCCGGCCACUGGAAAGGGCCUUGUUUUGGGGUGAUGAGAUAAUGCAGGAGGACGUACCCACACAUAGACUUUAAGGUCUCCUCUCCUCCCCCCCACCCUCUUCCCCAAGUCAUCCUCACCACCCCACCCCUCCCAUGAGGGAGAACAAGGUGGUGAUGACUCCCACUGUGGCACAACAGAUGAUCUCGUAAUGAACAGGCGGAGAUUGUGAAGGAAACAGUUUCUGAAUGAACAUGGUUGAAUUUAUUGGACCCAGUUAUAGGGGUGUGGGGGAAUAGGGGGCCAGGUGAAACUAGAGGGAGAGGAAACUGUCUUUCUUUCCCCCCCCCCGCCCCACGCAGAUGUGUUCUGUGACCUCUCCUCUCCCUACUGCACGCACUUGGGCACUGUGCUGGGGGUAUGGAACCUACUGUGACUUCAGGCUACCUCGCUCACCAUCGUGGAUAGUCUGUCACCGUGGAGGGGCCAUGGCGAGUCUGAGACGCCCAGGUGGUGGGAGGUGUGAACGAAGGUCAAAGGUGUGUGUGUGGUCCUGGAGGAUGCUCUUUAUGACAGACUCCGCCCCCGUCAACCUUGGUAAGACUUUGUCUCGAGUGGGGUCCAGGGGCUCCCCUUCCACUCCAGGGUGACUGAUGUCUUCCAAGAGGAAUCCAAUGAUCUUUUGCCCACCCUCUCCCAUGCCUUGCUGUUCUGGUCAGCCUAUUGGACCAUGAAAGGUGGGGUCUGGGUUCGUAGUCCAACCCUGUUCCUUCCACCACACCCCAUCAGCUCCUCCCAUUGGAGGCAAGUUUGUCCCCCUGCCCACCCUGGGGGUGCUGGGGAGAGGGUGAGGUUUAUAGUGCCAGAUACACGAGGGGGUAGGGGGAAUGGCUUGACUAGCCUGAUUCCACUAUGUUUGAUUGGCCAUUUUCCUAGUCCCAUUCUUGUUUCACCUCCAACUCUUUUCCCCUGUAUCCCACUCUCCCUCUUACACUUCCAGUGGGGGUGAGCAGCCUCCGUGUAUUGGCAGUGGAGGGAGGGCAGUAUUUGUCACCGGGACAAGCUUUUUCCACCGCCACCCCCUACCACCACCUGGAACAGAGUUACCUAAGAGGUAAGUGAGUGACACAACUAUGGGGGCAAAGUGUGUGCCUCGUGGUGAGAGGAUGCUUUGCUUCAACUAAGAUUGUGGUCUCUGGUGCUGAGCGAGUUGAUGGAUUACUUUUCAAAGAUUGAAUGUCGAUUGCAGUUUUGCUUGCACCAUGUUGGGGAUCUGCAUUUGCUGUGGGUUGGGGUAAAGGGGAGGGGACCACCAAUGUCAGUGACCUGUCACAGAAAGGCCCCAAAUUCUGGGGCGAAGGUUCUGGACCGGUGCCGCCUUGCGUGGUUGAAUGGGCGCCAUGACUUGUGUGUGAUGAGAGGCUGUUAACAUAAACAAGCAACCUGAGGACCAAGAGGUGCGGGUGAGGGUGUUUUGGAGACUGGAGGCUAGGCCCCAGUGCCCAGGGCUGGGACAGCCGGGCAGGGUAAACUGGAGCUGGAACCCCCAGAUUCGAUCAGAGCGGCACUUCCAGAGGGGGGGAGAGAGAAAAGACUUGAGACUCUCUACCUCCGUUAUACGCUGCAGGUCUAGUGGAGGUGAGCAGGAGAUCCCAUCCCAAUUCUUGAACCCUGCAGAGAGAUGGACCACUCCUCUUGCCCCUUCGAUAAUGCCGCAUCUGAAGCAAAAGGGUCCCUUCUCCAACCCCCCCCGUUAACCACUGGAACCUGGCUUUUCCAGGGAAUAUUUCUUCUGGUAUAGGAGUUACCUUGGUGGGCAUCAAACCUUUGCUAUAAUUCUUGAAGCACAACUCUCUGGAAACUGUUCAAGUGCCUUCUCUAUAUUUAUAGAGCUAUAUACUGUAUAAGAAAUGUAAUUAAAGAUUUGAAUACAAUGGCAGAUUGGAGUUAGAAUAAUAUUUUUCUUAGUAUUUUUGUACUGCGCCAACAUGUUCACUGUGACCAGCAUACCUGGAGGUGUCUUAUACUUGGGUGUCUGACUUGAUGUGGGUGGGAUUACAUUUGAUCGAAUGACCUUUUUCUCUUGUGUUUUGAAAAUAAAGAGGCUUCUUUAAAG